AUGUCGCUGAUCUCCGCCUUUCGACCUCGAUCUACGCGGUCUACUUCUCUCCGUCACCGACCUCCUGCUAGACAGAGAAGAGCUGCCCGAAGACCGGAACAUGAUCGCGAAGGGGACGAUGAUGCGCAUUCCAUAAUUACUCCUUCCAAACAUACCCCCAAGGCGAUUCGUGUCUUGCGAGGUUCCAUCUCCGCCGGCGGUCCUUUACGUCCUUUUCGGCUAGUGAAGCAGGACAUUGUCAACCUGCGCCGAAGAUACGUCUCGGAUUGGACACUCUUCAAUCAGUUGGUCUUCGCAAGUGCCGUCUAUGUCUUCUUCACGAAUCUCCUACCGGGGAUAACUUUUGCCAGCGACUUGUAUGUUUUGACUGGUAAGAGUUGGGGAACCAUCGAAGUGGUUUUUAGCACGGGUCUUUGUGGCAUCAUCUUCUCACUGUGA